AUGAUUUGGCAGCGGUCAUCGGCUUGGUCUACACUAAGAAAUGCUGUUUUGGAAGUGGGCGGAAGCGGUCGCAAGGCCGCCGUAGAUAUUACUAUAGAUGGCUCUAAUGGAACUCCACAAAAGAAGAUUUCUUCACUUAGUAGAGGGAAAUUAAGAAGGAUAGCCACGCAGGUCACUCGAGCAAUUCGACGAAAACGGCGUGAGUCCAUGGCGAUACGCCGUGAAUCUCGAGCUACUCGCGUAGUUGCAGCAAUCCUAAUAGCAUUUUUAAUAUGCUGGAUUCCAUACUUCUGCGUCAGCGUAAUUCGUGGUAUUACGAUGGGUAUCAACGUACAAAUCGAUGUUCACCUACAUCUUCAGUUAUAUCUACUUACAUCAUGGCUCGGCUAUGCCCAUUCCUGCUUCAAUCCGGUGAUUUACAUGUGCCUAAACAAGAAUUUCCGUGCUACAAUGCGACGCAUUUUUGGCAGGGCGAGAAAGGGCCAGCAUUAA